AUGAAACUCAUAUCAGAGGCAGAAGAUGGGCUAAGAAACUUGUCUCGUCUCCAAGCCCCCGAUCCAAACAUCCAAUCCCCUUCCGAAGAAGAACUCAAAUCGAAAACCAGCCCACAGCCGCACAUCUUGCGCUCUUCGAUAAUCCGCCUGGCGUGCACCCCGAUCAUCCAACCCCUUCGACGCUGUUCACGCCCUCCUUCAUCAUUCCCGAUGGCGGCCCGGGCAUUAAUGCUUUGUCUGAUUCUCGUCGGAAGAUCUUUCGCGCCGGAUCCUUGUCAUCGCGUGGACUGGGUGGAUCCUCGGGAAGAAACCGCAGAGUUUGCGGGCUCGCCGCGCUCGAGUCGAACGGCCGUGUCCGUUCCAGAUCAUGGGCCCCAAAGAAAACUUGCCACGGGCUUGGCCUGGCCAUCAACUACUCUGGUUCAUCGGAACUCAAGAGGGGGCCGUAAAAAUUCAAUGACAAUGGGCUCAGCUCAACCAGGACUCGAUCAGGAAGCUUCUGUUGAUGCGCCUAAUGAACAGGAAGAAGUAGUGACCCCUCAUCCAAUCACUAGUAGGGAGGAAUGCUGUCCAGUCUGCUUGGAAGAAUGGGUCACACGCCCAGAAGAAAACAGGAUAUGGAAUGGAUGCGGCCACGAAUUCCACACACAUUGCGUCGGCUGGGAGGAACGUUGCCCGCUCUGUCGGCGAUCGGUCUCAGGAGAAGUCGAGCCGGAUUACAACACCAGAUUGGCUAACAGCAGAAUCCUCCGGGUAGUCGAUGCCGUCUUUGGCAUAGAUGCCGAUUCGCCUCAGAGACGGAGGUUCGUCUGGUUUCAUAUCGCCUUGUUUGUUUUAUAUCAUUUAUGGAACUCUUGGUCCCAGUCAAGCCAACCAAGAUGA